UGUGCUCCCGAAGCGCGCCGCCUCGGGAGCAGCGGGAGACCCGCUGCACCGCCGGCUGCCGCUGCCCUUGCCCUGCCAGCCGCCGCUGCCUGCGCCGCGGCCGCAGCGAGCAGCGCGGGCGGCUCUCCCCGAAGAGCUGACGGGCGCGAUACUGUGUUUUUUAGCCGACAAGGAACCCGCCACCCCGCGAGCCGCCGCCCGCAGCCGCAGCCCGCUGGGCGCGCCCGCCCCGCAGGUGCUGCCGCCUGCCGCCGCUGCUGCUCCCAGUGCCGUGCCUGGGGCUCCCUCCUCCGCCGGUGGAGCCAGCCACGUCGAGCCCCUCUGCGAGGGGAAACUUGAAGAGGAGGAGGAGGAGGAGGAGGAGGAGGAGGAGGAGGAGGAGGAGGAGGGGCCAGGCGUCAGGGCACGCCCCCAGGCCCCGACGGCGGUCGUGCGAUUCCGUGUGCGAACGGCCGCCGCGCGCGCCAUCGUUGCUGUCUCUUCGUCCGCGGAGCCGUCCGUGGCCUCGGGGGCGACGGUCGAGGGCCGGUCGGCGUGGCCGUCGGCCGUGAGCAGCAUCGCCGGGUGGAGAAGAUUCGUGCGGGUUGGCAUCCUACGAAGAAGGGUGGCCGUCUCCUGCGCUGCUUGCGUCCACCGGCCACCGCUCCCUGGGCGUGCUCGAGGGGCCGACUGCGCCACCGCCCUCCUUGUGACUGUCCUUUCUCAUCCUCGGGGUUGGACAUCUCGAAUGGUCUCGCCACCGCAGUCCAACAGCUUGCGCAGCGCAAGCGGAGGCCCAGGAAACAGAUUUCUGGGCGAAGGACUCCACCAUGUGCAGUUGUGAGUACCGUCGUUGCGCCGUCUUGAAUAAUAUUGGAGGUUCCUGAGAAGGGAGAACCUACGUAGUUCUACGGUCCUCUGGAGAGGAGGACAGGGGAAGGCGAUGGGAUGAUGUUGCUGCUGCCCGCAUGCCUCCCAAGCGCUCGCUUUAGCUCGGCGGCGAGCGAAGGGGGGAGGUGAGAAGGGGCGGGCCUUCUGAGAAGGUUCGGAAGUCCCC